GGCUUUAAACACCUUAAGCUUCGCAUGUACAUUAGUUGAUUCAGUCUGCCCCAUACGAUUCCCGCACCGAAAGGAAACAACAAGGAGUUAUCGCGUGCAACCACGCGCUACGGAAGAUCCUCUGAAUCGUGACAGUUCUCAAUAGGAUUUCUAUAAGGCUUUUUGGGCUACUGAUAACAGGGACAGCACUUCGGCGGGAUCUGCACUGAACAACUUAAGGAUGCAUGACACAUCUGUAUAGCCAUGGCUCAGCAUAUGACGUGCGGCUACGACAGAAGGUGGCGGUGAAGAAGCUGUCUCGGCCUUUCCAGUCCCUUAUCCACAGUAGGCGCUCGUACCGCGAGCUCCGGCUACUCAAGCACAUGAAACAUGAGAACGUAAUAGGACUACUGGAUGUAUUCUCUCCUGCUGCAUCGCUAGAGGACUUCCAUGAAGUCUACCUGGUAACCAACUUGAUGGGGGCAGACCUGAACAACAUAGUCAAAUUCCAGCGUCUCUCUGAUGAGCAUGUGCAGUUUCUUAUUUACCAGCUGCUCAGGGGCCUCAAGUACAUCCAUUCAGCAGGACUGAUCCACAGAGACCUGAAACCAAGUAACGUGGCAGUGAAUGAGGACUGCGAGCUGAGGAUCCUCGACUUUGGAUUGGCCAGACAGACGGAUGAUGAGAUGACGGGGUACGUGGCGACUCGCUGGUAUCGAGCGCCAGAGAUCAUGCUUAACUGGAUGCACUACAAUCAGACAGUGGAUAUCUGGUCAGUGGGAUGCAUCAUGGGAGAGCUGCUGAAGGGGAAGGUCCUGUUUCCCGGCAACGACUAUAUCGACCAGCUAAAGAGGAUUAUGGAGGUGGUGGGCACCCCGACCCCUGACAUUCUACAGAAGAUCUCCUCUGAACAUGCUCAGAAAUAUAUCCAGUCUCUACCCUUCAUGCCCCAGCAGGACUUAGAGAAGAUAUUCAGAGAAGCCAACCCAAUGGCUGUGGAUCUACUGAAGCGCAUGCUAGUUCUGGACUGUGACGGGCGUGUCUCGGCCAGUGAGGCUCUCUCCCAUCCUUAUUUCUCCCAGUACCACGACCCGGACGACGAACCAGAGGCCCUGCCCUACGACCAGACGCUGGAGAGCAAGGACCGCACGCUAGAGGAGUGGAAAGAGCUGGUGUUCGAGGAGAUGAAUGGAAUCAAAGCGCCUGUCAGCGAAACGAGCAGUCUACAGGUGGAACAGUGAAAGACAAACCCUGCCUCCUUCUGCUCGGUCUGUCCCGUCAGCUGAGGAAGGCCCACCGUCUUGUCUCCGUCUGUCUGCCGGCAUUGGGGAGGGGGGAGGAUCCGAAAGAAAGAGAGACUGUGGGCCAAUCAGAGACAACGCUGUGUCCCCUAAAGGCAUGAUACCCCUCCCCUUGCUCACUGUGACUGGCUAUUUGACUGCCUGUCAUGAGUUUUGUAAAAGGGGAGCAGGGAGAGGGGAGGUCUGGUUGAACUGAUAGGGAUGAGAAUACGCACAUUACGAUGAUUACAGGGAGCAUGUUUUGAUAGGUAUAUGUUUACAGUCUGUUGAAGAGAGGUAGGAGAGAGAGGCAGAGAGAGAAAGUAGCACUAGGGUUUUCAAACCUACCCAAGGGUCCAACUGAUAAAUAGGCAUUGGCUACAGGUCACUGGAAAUCUUUGUCAUAAAGACAUUUUAUAAGCACUCAUAAUGGAUGUCAGUUUAAGUCUGCUUAUAACACCUGUUAUGUCAUGGUAAUGACAGAGGGUUCUAGUGAAUUGUUGUCAAGAAUUUCACGCAUUUCGCUGUCUCAGGCGCCUCUCCAGAAUCUCCCGUAAGUGUUCAGUUGGGUUUAGAUCUGGUGACUGAGACGGCCAAGGCAUAUGGUUUACAUCGUUUUCAUACACAUCAAACCAUUCAGUGACCAUUUGUGCCCUGUCGAUGGGGGCAUUGUUAUCCUAUGGGGGCAUAGCCAUGGUGGCCAAAAUAAUGGCCAGCCCAGAAUUUUAUACAUGACCCUAAAUGUCACGUUCGUUUAGAGAUGGAUUAGACCAAGGUGCAGCGUGGUAGGUGUAAAUCUUUCUUUAAUUGAUGACACCGAAAAAACAGCAAAUACAAAAACGAAACACACAGUUCUAUAGGGCUGGAAAGCAAUAGUACAAAAACAAGAUCCCACAAAACUCAGGUGGAAAACAGGCUGCCUAAGUAUGAUCCCCAAUCAGAGACAACGAUAGACAGCUGCCUCUGAUUGGGAACCAUACCCGACCAACAAAGAAAUAGAACACAUAGAUUGCCCACCCUAGUCACACCCUGACCUAACCAAAAUAGAGAAUAAAAAGGAUCUCUAAGGUCAGGGCGUGACACUAAACAUGUUGGGAUUUUAACGAAUUAACUCAGAAACCACACCUGUGUGGAAGCACCUGCUUUCAAUAAGAUUUGUAUCUCUUAUUAACUCAAGACUUUCCAUUAUUUUGGCAGUUACCUGUAUGUAGGCUAUGCAUUUCUUUCUGGUAUCACCCAUUUCAGAUUCCACUGGCUCUAGUCCAACAGGUUUUACUAGUCGCUGGCUCUGUAGAGAAACCCAAACCUAUAGCUGAAGUUUACAUCUGAACAUUCAGCAGAUACCAUUACCCACAGUGAAUCCCACAGAUACCAUUACCCACAGUGACUCCCAGAUGCAUGCAGUUUAAAUUGGAUUUACAGGUCUGAAUGUUGUAGUUUCAGAGGUCUAAUAUUCAGCAUGUUUUAAAUGGGCGUACAAAGGUGAACGAAUUACAGGGGAAUAAAAUAAUUACAUUUUCCUGGAAUUGCAACAUAUACUAGCCCAAGAACUACAACAACAAUCAUAUACACAAUGCCUCAAUUACAGUAGAGAUAAUCUGAAAUACUCUUUCUCGGUUGAUGUUUGACUAUUUACGGUCCUGUAUGUGUCAUGUACAAUUGUUGAUAUUGGAAACUUGUUGGAUUUAAAUAGAACCGCAAAAAAGAUGAAUGUAUACAAAACUGUAUGUUUAAAAAAAUAUAUAUUUUCAUUCUAUGGUGGCAUGAAUUUGAACUGUACAAUUUCUGCCGUAUGCAUUUCCAAUCAAUAACCAAAUGUCAACUCUGUGUCAUAAUGCCAUGACAACUCAUGACAGUUGAUGUCAACCAACUCAACUCUAUUACAACAGUUAUAACACCAUUAUUCAGCAUGAACAAGUAAACAUUUGGUUACACAUAUUCAGAAUAAAUCAAAUCGAUCUAUUCCCUGUCUUGGUAACGUCAUGAAUGCGUGCAUCAAUCCAGUCUUGUUUUCUCCCAAAAAUAAGUCUAUUGUUGUAUGGAGAAACUCCUUUAUGUUUCCAAGUAUCACACAGCAGCCUAUCAGCCGGGAUGCAGCACUAUGUCAGUGGUGAGAAUCUGUCAUGGGCAUAGCAUGUUGUGGCAUUACGAAAGACCACUUUACCCCAGAGUUACGGCCUACUCAUUCCUCCUCCACAUGGCCAAAGUUCCAUCAAUACUCCCAGCCCACACACACAGUAGCUUUCCAGUGCUUUCUGGGUUCCAAGUCUAAGUAUACAUGGCGCCUGUUGUGUGUGUGUGUUUGUGUGUGUGUCAAUUUGCCUUCAAGUUCCAUUCUUGCAUGUUUCCAACAAACAUGCCUGCAGGCAUCGAACUAUGUCAUAAUCUCUCAGCCACAGAACAGAAACAGUAUUAUGAGAGACCACCCUUCUGAUCAUCAUGACGACGCAUGUAUCCUCUUCUUCCUCUUGUCAUCAAUAAAAGCUCAAUUCAUCACCA